UCAAUCGUGAAGAGUUGACGAUUACAACGUAAAGAUGAACUCAAUAGUCGCACAGGGCCGCUUUUCGUGCAAAAAUCUCUACAGUAAUGAUGCUUAUGAUAUUUGCUGCUGAAGAUUAGUCAUUGCCAGCCCUACAUAGAUACAACACGAUCUGUGGCUCAGUAGUAGAAAGUAAGAAGCUUCUAUUUCCGCGAAUUUGUGAAUGUUACCUCGACCAGCACCCGCUUUUAGCUAGUAAGUUUGCAAAAUGAGAAGUACUUGGAUUCCAGGGCGGUACUACGAGCGGGCCCCCACCUUCGUACGCGACCGGCCGCAGACAUGGUAAGAGCUUGAGUUGUAAUUUGGCGUUUUUUUUUGAGAUCGAAACAUACGACAGCAUGAAUUUUGAACGGCCAUCGAGAACGUUAUAAAGAAAAAGCAAUCGAAUCAUAAUCACACACAGUUUCAUCGCCAGCGGUCGUUUUGUUUUGGCGGUAAAUACCGAAAACGGAAAGAUCAUCGACCGCUACGAUGCCGGCGGCGAGGUGCUCGCACUGCAGGGGACGAAAAGCCAUGUGGUGGUGUCUAUUGGAGGGGCGACAGAGGAACUCGGUAGAGCGGUCACAGGCCGCCGAGGACAGAAUGCGCUAAUUUUGCUAAAGCCAGGCACGCACAUCCUGCGUACCGUUACCGGCACAGGAGCCGCACAGGAUUCAUGCAGCACAAAAGGGCCCGCGCUUGUGAGGUACGAUGUUGCAGAGGGGGAAAGCGUUUGCAAACUGAGCUACCGGGAGGCAACGGGAGAGGUGCUCGGAGUACUGUGCAAAGAAAACAAACUGAAAAGAACGACGUACCGUGUGGUUGCCUUUGCCGAGGACACGCUUCAGCCGAACGUGGUGCCGAGCUUUCCAGAAUUUCCCAGCUUUUCGUCGAGCAAUCCCAGCGCAAAUGCUUCGUCUGUGCUUUUCGCUGCAACGGAGACGCACUUGGCUGUUGUUUUGCCGGCGAGAAGCAGAACCGUGCUAGUCGCGAAAACCAACGACGAAGCUUGGGCUCCCUUCGUGCACAAGCGGUGCAUCACGGCGUUGAGCCUGGAUCCGAACAGCCGGCAUUUGGCGGUUGGCGACAGCCGUGGUAUGGUGUACACCUGCUUCGCACCGUUCUUAACACCGACGCUCACGCCCACCGCCUCGAGUUCGAAAAAGCUGAAGACACCACAGUACCACGAGAAGAAGGUCGGACAAUCCUCGGCAGUAAAGACUGCAGACAAACAAAACCAAAAGCAAAACACCACCGAGAAAACAAAUACUGACGAGCAUGUUUUCUCAGACGAGGGCCUCUCCGACGAAUCGGACUGCGAAGAUGAACAGUUGCUUGUACAGCAACCCGACACCGCGCCGCUCCUGUUGCCGCAAGCCAAUUUGACGGAAAACGCGGGGCUGCACCACUGGCAUGCGCGGGAGGUCACCGCGCUCGGGCAUUUAGGGGAAAGCGAAAUCUUCUCGGGUUCCUUCGAGUCGGUAUUGGUUUUGCGAAAUUUGGAGACGGACACGAAGAAGUUUUUCCCGCGUUUGGGAGGCGGACCCAUCGUGCACCUGCAAGUCAGCCCGGACUUUCGGAAAAUGGCCGUGGCCAUGAGCGAUAAUACCCUCGCCUUCGUCGACCUGCAUGAGGCGAACAAGGUAUAGCAUGAACAGCAAUACAAACACCACCAUAAGUGGAGCCUAUGCAUGACAAGUUGUGUGCCGAAUGCAGUACUUACUUACUACGCCGAGAUACUUUUACUUAAAUUAGAUUCAAGAGUUUUUUGCUCGAGUUCAUUUGGUUUUCUCUAAUGACGCAGUCGUCCUUCCCGAAAAAAUCAUCGUGCGGUGAGGCUUGAAUAAACGAAUUCAAAUUUUAUAUCGUUCCGAUCCUGCUGCAGCGAUUGGAAAAAGUAAGAAUCCAUGGGGUACCACUGUCAACCAGCAAAUGCACAUACAACAGGUUGCGCGUCUCCGGGGUUUGCUCACGCCGCACGAAGUGGACGAGCAAGCGGCAGACGUCUGCGAGAACAACCGAAUUCAGUUACAGAACCUUCCGAACGGGGAUCUGGCGAUCCACAGCGGCAGGGGUUGCGUCCAGUUCUUCGGCCAUGAUAGUAACGCGCUCAAGAACAACGCUUCAGUCGAUACUGCAGCAGGGAGAAUGCGAUUGGCCGGAAGAUAUUCGAAAAGAACGCAGGAAGAUGCGGCGGCCGAACAAAAGUUGUGCGGCCUGGAGGCGAUUCACCCCUACCAUUCCCUAGCGGUGCAGGCGCGGAAUGGUGCGACCGCUGUUCAGUCGUUGUUAGAGGAGGCGCAGAACAAGGAGGACAGCGGCCGCGGGAUGUACUACUGGAAGAAGUUUGGCGCGCAGGGCGCAAACGCCAACAGUGCCUUGAACCACCUGGAGCAACCGUGGCGCGUGACGCACUUUGCGCACUUUGAAGCCGCAAGCUUCGAUGUGAACUUAUCCGGCGACGCGACCACUACGGCGGGUAGCAAAGGCGGGGAACAAAAAGACAGCACGCAGAACAAGAACCAGGUUCUUCACCACUCCCGUACUUCUACAGCUGCGAAAACAUUAACCUUGUGGCUGGUGACCGUGGAGCAACGACCGGCCGGGGCGGUCUCCAAGGAGCAACUGGACGUGGUACCCGGCGCGUUGCUGAAGUUUUGGAAGCAGGAGAAGGGUAGUUGGGUGUUGGACACUUCCGUGUACGAUGCGCACUGGAAGCCAGUGACUGGCCUCUUGGCCUACAGUGGAGACUACAACUGCGCGGCACUUUCUUACCCUACCGCAGGAGCUGCCAGUCACGGAAACAACAUCCAGGAACAAGCUGGACUACCGCAGGAGGCGAGCAGAAAAAAGAACAAGACCGCCAGCGCGUCGUUUGCGUCGAAUUCGUUUGUCAUCACCACGUCGGAGGACGGCACCGUGAAGAAGUGGCAGUACGAGCGGACGACCGUGAACGGAAACAGCAACACCCGCGUCUGGCAAGCCACCCAGGUGGGGAAGUGGAAAGAGGAGGAAAAGAUUGAUUGUGCCGCCCUAACGGUCCAGGACGGUUCCUCGCUCGCUUUUUCCUCCGAGGAAUCUAUUGUCCUCUGGAGCGCAGAUACGUUCACGCAACUGGGCGAAGUAAUGACACAGAAGGGGCCGGCGCUCCUAAGGAGCAACAAUAAAGCUCCUGCGGGUCGUGAGGAUGCAGGUGCGAGCAAGAUGCCAAACGCAAAGGAGGAAGGAGGUCAGUGGAAGAUCAAAAACUCUACUUCUCCGCCCCCAAACUACAAGAUCUUGCAGCUGGAAUUCGCCGUCCUGAAUAGCGAGCUUUUUGCUUUGCUUGCUUUGGGCUUUCGGAAGCUAAACGUUUGGGAUCUUCGAGCGCAGCGAAUCGUUCACCAAAUCCCAGACGUGUUCUCCGAUCAUUUCGCCUGGAAUCCAAACACCCUGCAGCUGGCGUUGCCAAAUGUGUUCGGUGGUCAGGGAGCCGAGUCGGCGGAAGUCAAGGUAUUGAUUCCUUUUCAAUAAAUUGCUGAAAUUCAAAAGGCUCUUCUUGGCAUCUUCUUCCAAAUGGAAUGCGACGAUGAAUCUUCUUUCCUAUCACGAUGCACUCGCACUAUUUGAAUCAGUUACCACCUGUAGGAUGCAUGCCCCUCGAAGUGUGAGCCCACGUUUUUAGCUUGUGGAUACCGACACUUAGAGACGUGACGAGCAUUUUUGCCAUUUUUCAUUCAUAUUCAUCAGAUCUACGUUCCCGCGCCGUCGGCAACGGGAAGCAAUGGCGUCGAGGUCUUAGAACUUUCCGAGUCCGUGGGAACACAAGACAAGGAGGAAGUCGUGCAAGUGUGGUUUGAGAAGGCGGAAGACCGGCUUCUGGUCUGGAAUCUGAACAAACAACAACUCGUUGCGGUGGAAACUAACUUCUCAAGUAGUAGUUCGACGGCUAACAAACUUUUUGCUGUCAACGACGGAGUACAUAGUGUUUUGGAACAACAAGAAGGUGGAAUUCGUGACGACGCUGAAGCAAGCCAACCAGUGAAGGGGAUGCAUUUUUCCAGACUCUUUGCACAGUCGACGUCUGGGCAAGCGUCAUCGGGUGAUGCCAGCGCUACAUUGCCGAAAGACGAAGUUCGACGGCAACAGAUGCUACGAGAGGCCGUGGGCGCAGUUGCGUCUUCUUGGAGCAACGGCGGAGGAGCUGCUCCGUACCUAGCCACCAAUAAGCACUUAAUCGAGAGGGUCGUGGAUCCGCAUACCGCGAGUCACGUGCUGCCAAAGCCACAGCACCUGCUGCAGAGGUUCCUUCACUUGACUCUGUAUAGCAACGCCAAAAGUCAUAAUAGCGGUCCGUUGUCGGGAAAAAUAAGAAUGGAAGCAGCAGAGGACAUAGCGACAGAACGACCUUACGCGGCAGCCCCUGCAAUAGCGAUGGGUGGUCUACUACCGGAGGAGACGAUGGGUAGCGCGUCCCGGGAAAUCAACUCUCUUCCGUGUGAAACUGCCGACUUCUUCGCAAAAUUGAAGAUUUAAUGCAUUGUCAGUACAACAUCAUCAUCAGCGUGAAGAUGGACCACGAACACGAUCCACACACUUGUGAUUUUCGGACGCGCAUCGUAAGAAAGUAUUUGAAUUUGUCACAUGUUGCUCGUCAAGUAGCAGCCAAUUCAGGUGCUGGCUUCCCGACCUGCCGCCUCCGUGCGCCAGUAGUUUCACCAGUGUUCUUAGAUGUGUCCUCAUUGAGAGCGCAGUCGUACUGUCCAUUUUUUUGUACAUGGUAGGUGGGGGCAGGUUGAGGUUCUUCCAGAAGAUAGAAUAAUGAAUCGAGAGGAGGAGGCUUACUGAGCGACAAAUGCUUCUCGUUUGAUCAUGUAGCAUAUGCUUUAUUUUUACACGCGCGUCUGGGUCUGCUGACACCUCUUGCUUAUCUGAUA